ACCAGCAGCGGCAGAGAUACCGAAAAACAGUCGAGUUUUCGAGUUCGCUGAGUUUACACGAACCACAAAGGCUUUGUAAGCGCUCUGAAGUCGCUAUCCAUCCCAGUGCUAUCAUGUCGAAGGUGAUUAUUGUUUUUGCCAUACUUUUGGUGGCCGUGGCUUUGGCCAUGCAGCCCCUGGAUGAGGAUAACAAUAGAAAUCAUCAUCUGAACCACAAGCGUCAACUGUCGCAGCACCACCACAAGGACCAGCAUCAUGAGCUUAAGGAGCAUCACAACCAAGGAAAGAAUUUCCCUCACCUGGGAGCUCACAAAAUCCAUGAAAAAUCCACCUCCCAGAGGAAGGGCAGGCAGGCCCAUUCUGAGCAUGGUCACAGCAAGAGCCACCAUCAGCAUAAGCAGCAGCAUCUGAAGAGCCAUCACUCCACCAGCAGGAAGGCCAGAUCCAAUUCCAAGCACCACCACAAACGCCACUCAGGAUCGCGUCACCACUAGAGAUGCUGUAUAGCCGAGAUGAUUCCUAUUUAAAUCCUAACUUAUGUGUAUGUAAGCUGUACCCAUCUGUAUGCCAAAAAUAAAAAAAAGCGGAGCACUGAAAGUCAAGCUCACAGAAAUUUGCAA